AUGCAUCGGGUUGUUGGUGCCUGGGUAAUUACAUUCCUCUUUGGCUUUGGAAGAGGACAUGACAUUUUAUUUGAAGGAUAUGAGCAGACACUGUCAGGUUAUCAUCUGUGUAACAUGACUGAGUUAGUGUCGAUGACUCGGGUGGUCUCUUACCCAUCCCCAUACACCCAGAGGAGAGCGUGUGGCGGGUGGCUGCCAUGGACAAUGUGUGACAUCACAGUUUAUAAGACAGCAUACCAAACAGAGGUGUAUUACAUCUCCCGUCAGGUUAAGACAUGUUGCCAUGGCUAUGAACAAGUUGGUAGUUACUGUGCCUUGUCCUUGAACAGAAGUGCAGAAUUCACAUCUAAACCAGGACUGUGUCCCCCAGCAAGAGCAACAGGGAAUCAUUCAGACUAUGGAACUGUGUGCAACUGGGACAUAGAUUGUCCACAGUGGCAAAAAUGCUGUCAGACCGAAAACAGCUCCAGCAUCUCUCGGUGUUUAGAGCCAGUGCCAUCAGCCAACAGAACCUGGUGCUUCAACGUGACAAUAACCAUAAGGACAACCUAUGAGCUAUUGGCAAUGGACAAAGGUCUCUUCAACCACACCAGACUGCUGCACUCUGUGGUAACUGGUGCUCUGGGAAAUGCUGGGUUUUCUGUGCAUCAUGUCUGGUCGUGGUCAGCAGGGCUCCUCGCAACAUCUUCCUCUCUGCUGGUUUGUGCUUCUAAAGCUUUCUCUAUAGAAGACAUCUCUGCAAUUCUGUAUCAGCUGGGAAACGUUGAGGAAGUGGCUAAUGUGGUGGUGCAAGCUCCCAGUGUCAUUGCAAAGCCUUUCAUAAACGCCACUACUCUAUCAUUGUUUACACGCUCAGCGUCAGGUACUAAUAUGCUCAUUGGAGAACCGUCGAGUAGUGUCACCUCAGCACCAUUCUGGACAUCUUCACAUUCAUAUAAUCGAACCAGCAGCCAACCAUCUUCUAUAUGUGAUGGCGUACCUGAAAUCACCAGCAUCUUGUCUUAUGAUGUCACUGCAUCCGCUUUUCAUGUGGAAUGGACCACCAAAACCCAGACCGGGGGCACGUUCCUUCUGCUUCUGCAAAAUAACGGGACUGCGGUGCACGCCUGGAAUGAUGUCACGAGCUUCAACUGGACAUUCACAGACCUGAAUCCUGCAGCUCUUUACACUGUACGCGUGACUCCGUCUGCCUGCGGUAUCCAAGGAAACCCUGUGGAGAUCAAAGUGAGGACAGAUGGACAGUUACUUGGAGCUACAGUGCGUUUGACAAACACUGCUUACACCGAGGCCUUGAGCGACCCAAAUUCUGCUGCAUAUAAGGAGUUCUGUGACAGCUUCAUAAAUGAGACUCAUUUGUCCUUGCCGCCAGAGAUCCUUGAACUACUCCUGUCUCGAAAGCUCAUCCUUCAGAUAACAUCCAUCUCACCUGGCAGCGUCAUCGUCAACUUCACCAUCAUAUUUCAACCCGGCAGCAACCUGGACAUCAGGAACAUCUCCAACGCCCUGAUGCUUUCUCUAAAGAACAGCACUAAAUAUGUUAUCGACAUGAGUAGUAUACUUAUAUCAGAUUUAAAUGAGUGUUUGCUGGCUGAGGCGGACUGCUCUCUAUGGGCUCGCUGUAUAAACACUGAGGGCUCGUACAGCUGUGACUGUUGGUCUGGAUACAUAGACUUGAACCCCAGAAGACCGGGACGCAGCUGUGCAGCUUCAUCUAAUGCUACAACAUCAACCGUUCAUCCAACCACAAACUAUACUGAACUAUCAAGCCCUGCAAUAACUGGCAACCCAUCUGUGAGCAGGACUAAUGUUCAGAGCAACCUCACAACAACAACAGUGUCUUCAGCUUCCUCCACGUAUGCUAACAGACUGAUCCAGGCCAUCAUUCCUGCAACUACACUCAACAUUAAUUGCCACUCUGUCUCCUGUAUAACUGUUGAAUGCAGCCCCUGGAUUAUAAAAGUCGACAUAAGGCGAGAUUACCUCAAGGCCAAUAACAUCUCUGAGACCUCCUUGUAUCUUGGAAAUCCUGAAUGUGGGCCCGCUGGGUUUGAUGAUUCUUAUUUGUGGCUCAUCACAGCUUGGGAUAAGUGCGGCACUACAUUAGAUCAUAACAACACCCACAAUUCAGUCAGUGUGACUCUGUUCAACAAUGUGAGCGGCUCACAGCCUACGACGCAUCUAAAAGUGCCUGUCACCUGCACGUACCCCCGCAGUGUCAUCAUCUCCAUGGGAUACGCUCCUGCAGGGUAUUUUGACAUGAUCAAUGACCCGGUGAAUGGAUGGGGCAGUUUUGAGGUUCUCAUGCGGCUGCUGAACGGGACGCAUCCUUUACCAGAGAAUUACACUAUAUCACAAAAUGAGAAUAUCUAUGUGGAGGUCGGGGUCAACACUACCAUCUCCCAAAUCAAAACUGUCAUCAACAAAUGUUGGGCAACAUCCAGCAGCGAUUCAUCACAGCCCUCCAAUGAUGUGUUUCUGGACAACGGAUGUCCUGUGCCAGAAAAACACACAAAUGUUCUUCAGAAUGGAAAUGGCACCGUGUCUUUGGUGGCGGUGCAGAUCUUCUCAGUUGUGAAUCUGGACUUUGUGUUCCUGCACUGUGAAAUUCAGAUCUGUAUCGCAUUUCAGGACAGUUCAUGCAUACCUGCUUGUGACCGUCUUCUAAGUGUCAGGUCUUCUAAAUUAUUUGGACUGACACGAUCCGUUGGACCCUUAAACAGAUUACAUACAACAACUUUCCAAAGCGACACAUCAAAUACUGUGCAGACUGUCGGAUUUGUUCUGCUCGGUGUCGGUGUAUUUCUGCUUUCGCUCACUGUCAUUGCAGGAUUGCUGUAUCAGAAAAGAAAAAUCGGGAACUACAACUUCCAUGUCAGACCACAGCCGGAAAACUUCACCUAUAAUGUUUUCAACACGUAACCUUCUCACUUUAGCCACUA